CUUUUAAUGAUCUUUUUUCUUUUAUUUUCUCACCUUUUUAUUAUUUUUGAAUUUAUCCAUUUUGGGGAAGCAGUUGGUGGAAUUGCUGAAAUGAAGGCUCUUACAGGCAUAUUUUUUCCCAUUAUAAUUUUUCAAAAAAAUUAUCUUAGGAGACGCCCCAUACCUCGGAACUGGAAAUCAAGAACAGGCAUUUAACCCUCUCUUCCCCAAUAUUAUUUAAAUUAAUUUAUUUCAAGGCCCCCGAAUAUUUCGGAGAGGCAGCAAUGAGACAAUACGAUUCAAAUCCAGCCUAUUCAUACUACAAUAAUGGGUAUUACGGUCCUUCAAGGUAUUUUCGCAAUUACUAUAGAACUCUUCCCUACCGCAAUUAUGGAGGCAAUUACGGACCGAUGGGAGGAGGAGUUUUUCCAUAUAGUCGUUACUAUAAUAGAGCAAGUAUUCCAUUUAUUAGCAAUAAUAAUUUUGGUUCAUCACCUUUUGGAGGAUUUUAUAAUGGAAGGGGAAAUGAUUGGAUAUAA